AUGACGAACACAAUAAAGACUGGACCGUGGCCCGCCACCACAGGCUUAAACAGCCCCUUAACCCACCAAUCCAGUCUCAGUAUGAGCUCUUCAUCUUCCACAGGACCCACUUCACCAUUGACCACAUCCCCACAACUCUCCUUCACCUCUGAUGAUAGUGGAAAUAAAAUGGAGCAACAACCAGACACAAAAUUGGUUGAAGAGACUGUUGCAGUGGCGAUGUCGGAGACAACUUUCCGAUUCUUCGUGCUAAAUGCUACAAAGACUACUGUUCGAAGCAAUCCAUAG